AUGGUAGCUCUUCGUCCUGAGAAUCUAUACAUUCGUCCUGAGAAUCUGUCCAUUCGUCCUGAGAAUCUGCUAAUUCGUCCUGAGAAUCUGUCCAUUCGUCCUGAGAAUCUGUUAAUUCAUCCUGAGAAUCUGUCCAUUUGUCCUGAGAAUCUGCUAAUUCGUCCUGAGAAUCUGUCCAUUCGUCCUUAUAAUCUGCUAAUUCAUCCUGAGAAUCUGUCCAUUCGUCUUUAUAAUCUGCUAAUUCGUCCUGAGAAUCUGACCAUUUGUCCUGAGAAUCUGUUAAUUUGCCCUCAGAAUCUGCGGCUCAACCUGGGAUUUUGA